AUGGCAUCCCAGGUCCGAGACCUCAUCUCUGAAGAGUGUAGAGUUGCCAUUAAUCAAGUAGCAUCUUAUGAGCUUCAUGUCAGUGAUGCUUAUUUAUCCAUGGCCUGUUAUUACAACGAAGACACGGGAGCACCUCUUUUUGCUUCAUUCUUCGAAGACCAAGCUGAGGUGAAGCGGGAACAUGCAAAGCAGUUCCUAAGAUAUCUAAGAAAACGUGAGGGUAAAAUCUGCCUUCCGGUGAUUAAGAGGCCUGAUCUAGAUAACUGGGGAACUGGCAUACAAGCUCUAGAGUCUGCUCUGGAGUUGGAAAACAAGUUAACCAAGCUCCUGCAAGACCUGAAGACCUUGGCUUCUGUGAACAGUGAAACUGAUCUCUUACGCUUCAUGGGAAAAUACCUGGAUAAACAGAAGAGGAACAUAGGCUAUCUGGAACAACAGCUUCAAUAUCAUAAGAAAUUAGAAAAGCAGGCCCAGGAAGAAGAUGUAUUUAAAAAGCCUGCUGCCAAGUCAGAUAAAGAGACUUAA